AAUGCUUCCUGGAGGAGGUGGCUUUUGAUAUAGGGCCUGAAAAACUAAAUAAGAUUUGGGCAAAGGAAUAUAGCCCACAGCCCAAAACUCCAGAAAACUUUCUUGCAACUGCAACCAAGUGCUACCAAGCACGGAGGGGAACUAGGGGAAGAAAGAUGGAAGGAAGGCCCCAUGACACCCUUCCUAUGGCUGAACACAGCACCAAGAGCCCUGCCGGGAAGCAAGUCAAGAGCCUCAACUUGGUCUAUUACUAAUGGAUCAUUCAUGCAGGUCAAACAGGUUUUUUUUGGUUUUGUUUUUUUAAUGUGAUGGUCUGGACUUCAUGGUAGUAAAGUGUCCACUGAGGAUGAGUGAAAAGCUUUCUAUAUGCCUAAGUUCUCAGAUGACAGUUGGACAAGACCAGCACAGAAUCCUGUAAGAAUCCUAUAAACUAAUUCUACUGAGUAUGUCCUGCCGUUCAUUAGACACAUACUGGAAGCCACCAUUCAUUUCAUAAAUUUCUAUCACUUGAUUGUACAACAGGGUGAUAUGGGUAGUAUUCCUCCUAGUUUACAGAUGAACGAAACAGAGGCUCAGAUAGGUGAAGUAACUUGCCCAAGAUCACACAGCCCACAAGGUACAGAGCUGGAUUUGAAUCCAGGGCUGGUUGAAUCCAAGGAGGUUUGGUUGCCAAGCCUGUGACAUUGUGAUCCAACAUUGCGAGUUUCCCAGAGGAGACCUAAGAAGUGACCUAAGCAACCCACUUGCUUUAAAGAUGAGAAAAGAAAGACCCAGACAGGAGAAAGGACCUGCCCAAAGUCACUCAGUGGCAGAACAGGGACUGGAACCCAGGCCUCCCCACUCCCAGUAAGAAAUAAAUAUGUUGGCUCCCGGCCUCCAGUCUCAGCUUCUCACUGCACUUGUAGCGGCCACAAUCAAAGGGCCAGCUCCUUCUCACUCACACAUGGUCCCCAGUGCCUUUGGGCUUUCAACACAGCAGUACAGAGGGGCCAGCUGUGACAAUGGCAUGCUUUCACUUCACGCUUUCAGUUCAGGUCAGUAAAACCCCCAGGCGCACCUUUUCCUGAGCAGCUUCCCGGCACUCAAUGUGCGCUUCACAGACACUCAGCAGGAGUCAGGGCUCCAGGUCCUGGACACCCACUGCAGCAUGGGCAUGCUCCCUGGGGAAAGAGUGUCAUAUAGUUUGGGGGUUUGGCAUUUUUCUUAGGUGGGAAAAGCACUUGGUUGUUUGCUUCUCUUUUAAUACUACAUUUGUACGAUGUCAAGUCACAAAAUGUUUUCACACGCAUCAGUGGUUCCUAAUAUUUGAAACUCCACUGACAUGCUGAUUAAAAAAAAAAAAAAAAUGAACCCUUUCCUCCUAACAAACGCACUGACAUGAAGUCUUACCUACACUUUGAAAGGAGUGGUACCCCAUCACAGCCUCCCCAUGGACCUGGUUAAAGAGCCAUGGGGGAGAUUGCCAGCCAAUUUGGUUUUCCCAAGGAGAAUUGGACAGGUCUUGUCAUUGUCAUUUCACAAUGAGAAGAGGGGCUCAGAAAGCUGAAGGGACUUGCCCAAAGUCACAUGACAAGCCAUGAAGAGGUGGAACUGGAACAGUUGUGUAGCACAGCAAGCACUGAGUCUCUCUCUGCGCCGGACGUUCAGACCAGUCCUUGCCCGGGAGGAAGGUUCAUCUAGAAGCCAGAAGCUCUGACUCCAAAAGGGAUUUCUAUCUGCUCAGAGGGAAGGCAGACAGGGAGCUGGGUUUCCUGUUGCUCUGUGCAUCCUGUUGUCGGAUGUUUUCUUGUUAGGACCUCCAUCCAAAUGCCUGCAUUUCCUGGCCUUACUUAAUUUGCACAAUAACCAUAGGUUGGUGGCCACGCCAGGCCUGGGUGAGGCACAAAUACCAGCCACCACCACCCCGGCAUCCCUCUUCUAGGCUGGACUCUGCGUGGGCAAAGGCUUCUUGGUAAGCCCGGCAGAAGCCGAGGGACCCAACCCAUGGAGAUAUGCUGGAAGAUACAGGCAGGCAAUGGCUCCACUGAUGGCUUGGAUUUCAACCCCAUGAAGGAUUACAUGAUCCUGAGCGGUUCCCAAAAGAUAGCUAUCGCGGUGCUGUGCACCUCUCUGGGCAUACUAAGCGCCCUGGAGAAUCUGGUGGUGCUCUACCUGAUCCUGUCCUCACACCGGCUCCGCAGGAAGCCCUCGUACCUGUUCAUUGGCAGCUUGGCUGGGGCUGACUUUCUGGCCAGUGCGGUCUUUGCCUUCAACUUUGUAAAUUUCCACGUCUUCCAUGGCUUUGAUUCCAAAGCUGUCUUCCUGCUGAAGAUUGGCAGCGUGACUAUGACCUUCACGGCCUCUGUAGGCAGCCUGCUGCUGACCGCCAUUGACCGCUACCUCUGUCUGCACUACCCACCUACAUACAAAGCCCUACUCACCCGUGGGAGGGCACUGGUGACCCUGGGCAUCAUGUGGGUCCUCUCAGCAUUGGUUUCCUCUCUGCCUCUCAUGGGAUGGACUUGCUGUCCCAGGCCCUGCUCCGAGCUUUUCCCCCUGAUCCCCAAUGACUAUCUGCUGGGCUGGCUCCUGUUCAUUGCUGUCCUCUUCUCUGGCAUCAUCUAUACCUACGCACAUGUCCUCUGGAAGGCCCGUCAGCAUGUAACCAGCUUGGCUGAGCACCGGGACAGGCAAGUGCUCGGAAUGGCCCGGAUGAGGCUGGAUGUGUGGUUGGCCAAGACCUUGGGGGUGCUGCUGGCUGUGCUCUUGAUAUGCUGGGUCCCGGUACUGACCCUCAUGGUCUACAGCCUGGCCACCACUCUAAGCAAACAGGUCAAGGAGGUCUUUGCCUUCUGCUCCUUGCUCUGCCUUGUCAACUCCAUGGUCAACCCCAUCAUCUACGCCCUGCGUAGUGGGGAGAUCCGCUCCUCUGCUCACCACCACUUGGCCCACUGGAAGAAGUGCCUGAGGGGCCUCGGACCUGAAGGAAAAGAAGAGUUCCCGAGGUCCUCAGUCACUGAGACAGAGGCUGAUGUGAAAAGCACCCCAGGGCCAGAUUCCAGAGAGCUGUACUGCUCUAAUCACUAAUGAGGUCACUUUCACAAUUUUAAAUAAGCCAAGUCAGAAAUCAUUUCAAUCCCUGGAGGAGAGUGUCUUUGAUCCUCUCAUCUUACUUGAACCAGCCCCAAAGGCCUGGACACUUACCCCUUUUCACUGAGUGUUGGCACUGACCCCUGGAGGGUAACCUGGCCACGCCUGUCUGCACACAGUCUGUUGGGUAGCCAGACCCUGUGAGGGGCGGCAAGGUGGGCAGGAGGCAGGAGGCCUGGGACAGGCUCAUUGCAGGUCAGGACAACCUUCCCAACAAGACGGCUUAGUGCCUGCAUUCUCUAGAGACCACGGGAGCCAAGCGGAGCCUUCAGCCUCAGCAGUAAAUGGCCUGGAGGAAAUCUGGGAAGAAUGGAUCACUCUCCUGGGAUCUCAGGAUGGCUGGCUAGCCCUUCUUCCUGCUUAAUUGUUGGGUCCACCUUGGUUCUAGAGCUAUGAAAGGCCCUACCUGCAGGUCACCCUUUCCCACAGAGGACCAAGAACUGCAAUGCAAUGAGGACCUAGGAUGUGGAUCCACCUCUUGCAGAGAUAACUGACAAGCCUCCAGUUCAGGGCAUCUAAUCAUUAUGGUACCGGCCCUCUCUCACACCCUGAUAAUCCCCACUCACAACCAUUGUGUCCUCCUAGGUAUGUGGGGAAUACAGAGGAGACUGGGAUCGCUUGAGAUGCAGAUUGGUUUUGUGAAGACCUAUUUGAUGGUACCACUGGAAGCAGGCAGUGUCCCAGGCUAACCCAACUCCAAAAAAAAGGAAGAUAUUCACAGGGAUUUUGUAAAUCCCCGAAUUGUUCCCGGUCAUCCCUCAAUUCAGCCCCUUUGUCUCCUCCACCCCCAUGCCCUAUAAUGAAUAAUAAGCAGAGCAAGUGGGAGGAGGGGGAGAUUCCCUUACUAUGUGCCAGGUGUGGUUCUGACAUCCCACAGUCCAUCAUCUCCAGCAAGGAUUCAGCCCCAUACUUUUGGAGAUCCCAGGACACCCAUAUCUUACAUAUCAGGGAGGCUAGGUUCCUACCAAAGGGGCUUAAAGCAGUAGGCAAGAGAAACUGUUGAUGGUGCGGAGGACUGCAGAGGAAUCCUAAUGCAAUUAUUUGGAGCUACAGAUGGAAUAAAAGGAAAGAUAUUGAUUAAACGUGUCUUCAUUUAAUACUUACAAGACGAGGUGUUCACUGUUCAUUCAUUCAUCCACCCAUCUCACAAAUAUGUGCCAGGCUUUGUGCUAGGUCCUGGGUGUCCAGCCAUAAAGGAGACUCUGCCCCUGUCUGAUGGGGCUCACAUUCUACAUUCUGGUGGGAAGAGAGCCAAUAAAAAAAGAAAGAAGAUGAUUACUGGUGGUACAAUGAAGGAAAUCGUCAGGGUCGUGGGAUAGAGAUUAACUGAGGUAACAUUAGGUAAGGUAUAACUACUGUGUGCUCUGGUCAUAAGAGUCAACUGGCUUUUACUGAGGUUUUACUAUGUGCCAGGCUCUGGGCUAUGUGGUUUUAAAUGAGGGAUCUCACUUAGUCUUCACAGUAACCUGAUGAAGAGGGUUUGGUAUCCUUAUUUUACAGAUGAGGAAAUCUCUGAGAGGCAAAAUCACUUGCCUGAGGUCACACUGCUAACAUGUACCCAAAGCUGGGGUUUUCAACCCAGUUCUGUUUGACUCCUAAGCCUCUUUACCACUAACCUCUUGGCCUAGUUCAGUCAAAUUCUGCUCGAUUAGGAUAGUAAUAAUAAAUAAGUCUAUAAAUAAUAAUGACUUCAAUAAUAAUAAGUCUAAGUGAUAAAUAUGUAUAAAGUAUAAGUGAUAAUAUGACUUAAUAGGUCCAAUAAUAAUAUUAGACUUUUGUAACAUCAGAUUGCUGCAAACUUAAGAUAAUAACUCAUCAUUAUUUCUCAACAUACUUCAUUUUAUGCCCUGUAUUAAACUUCCUGCAACACUUUUCCACAAACUGAGUGGCUUAUAACAACAGAAGUUUAUUCUUUCACAGGUCUGGACUCUAGAAAAUCAAGGUGUCAGCAAGGCCAUGCUCUCUCCAAAGUUGCAUGGGGAGGAUCCUUCCUUGCUUUUUCCAACUUCUGGCAGCUCCUGGUGUUCCUUGGCUUGUGGCAACAUAACUCCUACCUCUGCCUCUGUCUUCACAUGGCCUUUCCCCACCCUUUAUCUCCAGGUGUCUUCCUUUUUUUUUAAUUGAGGUAUAGCUGAGUUACAAUGUUAUAUUAGUUUCAGGUAUAAAACAUAGUGAUUCAGGCUUCCCUGGUGGCACAGUGGUUGAGAGUCCGCCUGCCGAUGCAGGGGACGCGGGUUCGUGCCCCGGUCCGGGAAGAUCCCACAUGCCGCGCAGCGGCUGGGCCCGUGAGCCAUGGCCGCUGAGCCUGCGCGUCCGGAGCCUGUGCUCCGCAACGGGAGAGGCCACAACAGUGAGAGGCCCGCGUACCGCAAAACAAAAAGCCAACAACAACAUAGUGAUUCAACGUUUUUAUAGAUUAUACUCCAUUUACUUAUUAUAAAUAUUGGCUAUAUUCCCUGUGCUGUACAAUAUAUCCUUGUAGCUUAUUUAUUUUAUGCAUAGUAGUUUGUACCUCUUAACACCCACCCCUAUCUUGCCCCUCCCCCUUCUCUCUCCCCACCGGUAACCGCUAGUUUGUUCUCUGUAUCUGUGAGUCUGUUUUGUUUUGUUAUGUUCAUUCAUUUGUUGUAUUUUUUAGAGCCCACAUAUAAAUGAUAACAUUCACUAUUUGUCUUUCUCUGUCUGACUUAUUUCACUUAGCAUAAUACCCUCCAGGUCCCUCCAUGUUGUUGUACAUGGCAGGAAUUUAUUCUUUUUUAGUGACUGAGUAGUAUUCCAUUUCAUAUAUAUAUGUAUGUAUAUCACAUCCUCUUUAUCCAUUCAUCCCUUGAUGGGCACUUACAUUGCUUCCAUCUCUUGGCUGUUAUAAGUAAUGCUGCCAUGAACAUUGGGAUUCAUGUAUCUUUUCGAAUUAGUGUUUUCAUUUUCUUUGGAUAUAUGCCCAGGAGUGGAAUUGCUGUAUCAUAUGGUAGCUCUAUUUUUAGUUUUCUGAGGAACCUCCAUACUGUUUUCCAUAGUGGCUGCACCAAUUUACAUUCCCACCAUCAGCGUACAAGGGUUCCUUUCUCUCCACAUCCUUUGCCAACAUUCGUUGUUUGUGUUCUUUUUGAUGAUGGUCAUCCUGACUGGUGUGAGGUGAUAUCUCAUUGUGGUUUUGAUUUGCAUUACUCUAAUAAGUAGCAAUGUUGAGCAUCUUUUCAUGUGCCUGUUGGCCAUAUGUAUGUCUUCUCUGGAAAAAUGUCUAUUCAGGUCUUCUGACCAUUUAUAAUCAGGUUGUUUUCCUUUUUUUAUAUUGAGUUGUAUGAGCUGUUUAUAUAUUUUGGAUAUUAACCCCUUAUCAGUCAUAUCAUUUGUAAAUAUUUUCUCCCAUUCAGUAGGUUUUCUUUUCAUUUUGUUGAUGGUUUCCUUUGCUGUGCAAAAGCUUUUAAGUUUAAUUAGAUCCCAUUUAUUUUUGCUUUUAUUUCCUUUGCCUUAGGAGACAAAUUCAAAAAAAUAUUGCUACGAUUUAUGUCAGAGAGUGUUCUGCCUAUGUUUUCUUCUAGGAGUUUUAUGGUUUUCCAUCUUACAUUUAGGUCUUUUCUCUUGGUGUCUUCUUUUAAGGACACCAAUCAUUGGAUUAAGGCACACUGUAAUCCAGUAUGACCUCAUCUUAAUUUAACAAAUUACAUCUCCAAAGACUCUACUUCCAAAGAAGGUAACAUUCACAGGAUUCAAGCAGACAUGAAGUUUUGGGGGACAUGCUUCAACCCAGUACAGCCCCCAAGGACAAAUUUCAACCCUCUCUUACAGCACAU